AUGUCCUGGGGUCCCCUGGACCCAAGCAGUAGCGCCCCUGAACUAUCCGACGAGUUUACUCUCAGCUUCACAACAGUGCUAGCUUCUCUCCAAGUUUCUCCCAACUGCGAACCGUCCUUUGAAUACAAUGGCCUCGGUACCCAGGCCGUCAUGACUCACUACGUCGGGGCGCAAGUUGAUAAAGUCAGCGCCAUGGACCUCGUGUAUAAGUUUGUCGAGAAGCUCUCCUCCGAUGCCUCACUCGGAGAUCGCUUUGGCGCGCAAAUCUGCGAGGAGGGUAAACCGGGCCGCACCUUUGGGAUAGCGGUGGACAUACGGGGAGAGAGUACGGUGAAGCGGUCCGCCUGCGAUCGGUGUAGGGCGAAGCGAGUCCGAUGCCCGCGUGCUGAAGACAGCCUAGAACCAUGUGCUCGCUGCAUCCGUGCCGCCGCGGCAUGCGUUACCGGAGCCGCUGGCAAUCCUGGACGACCGCGAAAGACGAUCGUGGUUGAUGGUACACCCACUCCUCGGUCUGUGACCGCUGAUCACGUCUCCUCGCCUGGGUGCUGGAUAACCCCUCGAGACGGAGACGAUCUAGAGUUGCGCACGCCUGCAGUGGGUGAGCCGAUUCCGGGCAACACAGAACCCGCGAGGACGGUCGGGACCGAGAGGUCGUUGAACUUGGUGGUUGAGUCCCCAAGAGUUGCUGGGCAUUCGAAGCCCACCACUCGCCCGCAAACAGGCGGCACGUUGCCCACAGGCAGCCCUGAUCCCUGGCUAGCCCACGGUGGUGGAGGUUUCUUUGAUUUUCCUUUGUCUGAGUAUAGUUUUGCGUCGAACAGCAUCCCCACAUUACAGCAGCAGCUGAGCACCGUACCGAAUCACCAAGAGCUGCUUGGCGGAGUUGAUGGGAACCUCGACACGCCGUAUUAUGCAAGCCAGCAAUGUAAUAACGACGUAUAUGGUCUUGGCCCUUUCGAUCUUCCCGAGUACCAGCCCGACCCAAUUUCUGGCAAAUACCCGAGCGCAACGAGCUCGCUGAUGCGAUUCAGAGAAAACAUGGAACGUCGCGUCUCGACCAUGGGGACUUUUCUCUCAAAUUCUCGCAACACCGUGGAAGACUGUGCGGAUGACCCCGCGAACAUGCCGAUCGACAACCCAGUCGCGACAGCGAUCCUGUGUACCAAAGAGUUCGUCGAAAUUAUCCAGACCCUGAUGGCGCCAACUCGGUCUCGCGCCAGCUCUCCCUCGUCUUUCAACCAGAUCGUCUCACCACCCGAAUCGCUGGCCAUCCAGCCCGAGUCCCUCGACACAGAAACAUUGCUCAUGGUACUCUCGAGCUACCUCCAGCUGAUGAAAUUGUACGAUUCCUUGUUCCGUGAGGGCUAUCGAUCCUUGUGUGAGAUCCCAUCGGAAACCAUAAAGUCGAUAAAGGUAAAGGCGGUAAUCCGCAUCGGAGGCAUUUCGUCCCUGCAAGACAUGCCAGGAAAAGCGUACGCCAAGGGAAUAGUCGAGGUUAUCCAAAGCCACAUUCAAACCUUGGAACGUUGCCUGGGCAUCCCAGCGACAUAUUGCCUUACGAGCGAGCUGGCUAAUCCGGCGCCCGAUGGGGUAUUUGCCAACGCGGAUCGAGCACGGUUACUCCAAGCCGUCAUGACACAGGAAGACGUCAGGUCGCCGGGGGGAAAGGGGCCGUACGUGGAGUCAAUCAGGGACAACAUGAAGAGUUUGCUGGCACUCUUCGCAGAUUAG